AUGCAAUAGCUUCAUACUAAAUUAAGAGCCUCGUCUGUGCAAGAACAGGGAGAGCAAAGAUCAAAACUCCCUAAUAUUCUGACACCCACAUUUGCAGAUUGGAAAAUCCCUAGUGAUGCUAGAGCUCAUCCAAAAAUUAGCAGAAGAAACCCUCUCUUCAAAUUUGGACUUAUACCACCUAAAAAAGCAACAACACCCUCUUCAUAAACUCAUCAAAACCCUCAUGAUUUUAGGGGACUCAAGUCUGAAGAACAAAGUUAAAGGAUUAAAGAGAUCAUUGUUGAGGAUAGAGUGAGUACAACAGAAACAAACAAUCUUCAUUAGUUUGAAUCUGAAAAAAAAUACUUCCAACUAAGAAAUAGAUCCAUAAGUGGACCUAAGCAUUCCAAUUAAUUGUUAAUAGAAUGCAAAUAAUUAUUUGAUAAUCAGAAGAAAGCAUUUGAGGAAAUAUUGAAGCAAAACAGUCUCUACAACAAGUACUCUAAAGUUAUUGACAAAGAAUAAAAUAUAACAAAUUAGAAAAUAAUGCAAAUUUUUAACUUAUAUAAAUGA